AUGGAUGAAAGGCUCAAAGUCUUUCAAGGGAUUUUUGCUGAUAGAGUUGUAAAAACCCCUGAAGAGGUCCACAGCGUCGUAGCAACAGAGUCCUGCUUAAUCCUAGGACUAAGAUCAGGAAAAAUCAUGAUCCGCGUCAUAGAAGAAGAUUUAGACGAGCUCAUCGAAGCCCAUUCCUCAGCAGUCAAUAUUUUAAUUAUUUCUGAAGAUAAUAAAUACAUUAUCUCUGGAGGCCAAGACAAAAAAGUUAUCAUCUGAAAUCUCGAAACUUUCGAACAAGAAGCCAGUUUGCCAGCCCACAAUGCUGUUGUUACCUGCUUAUGCACAAAAAAUGGCUUUUUAUACACAGGCAGCGUCGACGAAUCAGUAAAAAUCUGGGACCUAGAAUCCAAAGAAAUUGCAAAUGAAAUUAAAUUUGAAACCUCAGUCUGCUCAAUCAAGGCUACUGAUGAUUUUUUAAUAGUCGGCUGUGACGAUGGCAGCAUAAGAGUCCAUAAUAUUGAAGGACUAGACGUUUCUUUCGUAUUAGUUGGGCAUGAAGACGCAGUCUGGACUAUUGACGUAUGGAAUAAUGUUAUGGUGAGUGGAGGAUUUGAUGGAAGAAUUCUAAUUUGUGACUUAAAAACACAGUCUCAAGAAGUCUUAGGCGAGCACCAAGGAGUUGUGAAUAAAGUAAUGAUUAUUGAUCCGAGUGGAGCUAAUAUUCCUAUGAUUAUUUCAGGAGGGUCAGACAACUUGAUAAAAAUCUGGAGCUUGGAGGGGCUUAAAGAUACGUUAGAGUACCACCAAAAUUCAAUUAGCUCAAUAUUUAAUAUUGACUAUUAUUUGAUUACAGCUAGCUUUGACAAGACUGUAAGGAUGUGAAACUGGAUGAAUACAAUGAAGACCAAAAAGGUUUUUACACAUAAUUACCCAAUAGUCGGCUUAGCCACUGACUCUGAAGGGAAUUUUUACUAUACAAGUGAAGAGUCAAUUGUAAGACAAAAAGCUAAUGAUAUGAGGGACAAAAAGGUUUUUAAGGACUUUGAAGGGAAAGUGACUUGUGCUGCGCUUGAUGAGUCUUCAAGUAUUUUAGCUUGUGGAAGCCGUGAUAGAAUGGUGAGGCUUUUAAGUGUCCCUGAGCUAAAUUUAGCGACUAUGUUUGUAGAUCACGAAUCAAUAGUUACUGGUGUAGGUCUGCAUCAAGGACUUUUGGUAUCUGCAGAUAGCUCAGGGAAUAUGAUUCUUUGUGAUUAUGGCUCAGUACAGAACAGGCAUUCCAUUGAAGCACCAAUAUCCAGCGUCCAAAUAAACCAAGACUAUAUUUCGUGUACCACUUCUACUUCUCUGUAUAUAUUUUCCCACUCUUUUGCUCCAGUCAGCUCAGCUGAGCUAGAAAAACCAGCAUUAAGCCAUUGCUUUACAGAGGAUUCUGCAUAUAUUAUUCUCUCAACUGAAGACUCUAUACAAAUACACAGCGUUCCAGCCCUAGCAAAGGUAGCAGCUUUUCCUGUGCCUUAUCAAGCAACUUCUCUGUCAAUAAUCCCUUCAAUCCCUUGGAUUUUCUGUGCAUCAAAUAAUCAUAUUUUGAUGCUUCCACACUAUAUAAAAGAAUGCGAGAAUUUAAUUAAAUAA